AUGUCGAGCCAACCACUCCUCCAGACAGCGCCAGGCAAGCGCAUCGCCCUCCCCACCCGCGUCGAGCCCAAAGUCUUCUUCGCCAAUGAACGAACCUUCCUCAGCUGGCUCAACUUCACCGUCAUCCUCGGCGGCCUCGCGAUAGGCCUCCUCAACUUCGGCGACAAGGUUGGCCAGAUAUCCGCUGGCCUCUUCACACUUGUUGCAUUGGCGUCGAUGCUGUAUGCGCUGGUGACGUUCCAUUGGCGAGCAAAGAGUAUACGGAUGCGAGGGCAGGGAGGGUUUGAUGAUCGGUUUGGACCUACGGUGCUGGCGAUUGCGUUGCUGGCGGCGGUGGUGGUGAAUUUUGUGCUGAGGGUCACGAUGGCGCCGGGGGAGAGUAAGAAGUAG